AUGCCGUUUGGACAGCUCGUCAUCGGUAGCCCCGGAUCGGGCAAGAGCACCUAUUGCGAUGGCAGGCGGCAAUGUUCCGUCGUCAACCUCGACCCUGCGAACGACCACACCAACUACCCCUGCGCGCUCGACAUACGCAGCCUCGUCACACUCGAAGAGAUCAUGUCAGACGACCAGCUCGGACCCAACGGCGGGAUAUUGUACGCGUUGGAGGAGCUGGAGAACAACAUGGAAUGGUUAGAGGAGGGGUUGAAAGAGCUCGGCGAGGACUAUGUCUUAUUCGACUGCCCCGGCCAGGUCGAAUUGUACACUCACCACACGUCCCUACGCAACAUAUUUUAUCGGUUACAAAAGUUGGGAUACAGACUCGUAGCAGUCCACCUAUCCGACUCGUUCUGCCUGACCCAGCCGUCCCUAUACAUCUCCAACCUCCUCCUCUCACUGCGCGCCAUGCUGCAGAUGGACCUCCCACACAUAAACGUGCUCACCAAAAUCGACAAGGUGUCAGCGUACGAUCCGUUACCAUUCAGCCUAGACUACUACACCGAAGUGCAGGACCUGUCAUACCUCAUGCCCUCUCUAGAGGCCGAGGCGCCGGCGCUGCGGAGCGAGAAGUUUGGGCGGCUAAACCAGGCGGUGGCCGAACUCGUCGAGCGGUUCGGGCUGGUCAGUUUCGAGGUGUUGGCGGUGGAGAAUAAGAAGAGCAUGAUGCACCUCCUGCGAGUGAUUGACCGGGCCGGUGGGUACGCCUUUGGUGGCGCGGAGGGGACCAACGAUAGCAUUUGGCGGGUGGCGAUGCGGAACGAGGCGUCGAUGAUGGAUGUGCAGAAUAUCCAAGAGCGGUGGGUGGAUGAGAAGGACUUUUAUGACGAACUGGAGCGGAAAGAAGAGGAGGAGCAGGAGAAGCGCCGGCAGGCGCAGGCCGAGGCGGCGGCCGAGUUGUCGGGCGGCGAUGCCCUGGGUUCCUUAUCGAGUCCGCCGCAGCCGUCGACAUCUGAUAGCGGUAUCCGGGUAGCACGCAAGAAAAAGUAA